AUGCUUCAACAGUCAGGCCUUUGUCUUGGGGAUCCUGAACGCAACAAAGAAUAUCCGGAUGUGACCUAAUACGUGCAGACGACGUGAGUGUCAUCGGUCAAGAUGGCGGCGCUGGCGUCCUUGAUGCUCAAGUCCAGAGCAGGUCUGCUGGUACCCGGCCAGGCAUCUCUUCUGGACUCUGUGAGGUGUGCGUCCAAGAAGGCCGGCGGCAGCAGCAAGAACCUCGGCGGAAAGAGCCCCGGUCGCAGAUACGGCUUCAAGAAACAAGAUGGUAAUUUUGUCCAUGCGGGUAACAUCCUUGCUACACAGCGGAUGGUGAGGUUUCACCCCGGCGCUCAUGUGGGCAUGGGAACCAACAAGACACUCUUUGCUCUGGAGGACGGCUUUGUCCGGUUCACCAAGGAGGUCUAUGUCCCGCCUCCCCGCAGCCUCGAGUCCACCCAGGUCAUCACCAAGCUGCCAAAAGGAGCUGUGCUCUACAAGACAUUCGUCAACGUCGUGCCGAUCAAACAAGAGGGGAAGUUUAAACUGGUGGACAUGGUCUAAAACUGGACCGGGACAAUGUUUUUCCCCUGGGAGACCUCUGAUCGAGAAGGACUUAAUUUUGACACUUUUCCUGAUUUCUGGAGAUCUAAGUGAAGAGCGCAGCCCGAACGCUGGGAGCAGUGAGUGGACAUCUGCACAUGCUUGAGUUGUGUCAUUGUGUGACAGUCUAUGGCACCCACAGAAAAGAGUUAAACUCACUCAUUUACAUCCAUUUUCAUUUAAUUUACUCAACAUACCUAAAUUAAAAGUAUAGAGAGAAACAUUUCCAGUGAUCAUUUGAAAGAUUUUGUUUAAUUGGAGUCAACUGUGAUUUACUUAGCUGAUAUAGUCCUAAUGUAGUUCAUCAUAUGAGUGUUUAACUUUGGGUAGUGCCAUUUGUUAGUCAUUUGCUAGCCAUUCACUCAGGAGACCCCACCAUAUUGAGCCGAGGUGCUCUAAUACUGUAUUAAAGUUUUAUAUGUGAAAGUAUUUGCUUUGUGUCAGCUCUAUUGUCGUGACUUACAUUGGUACUCACUGAGAUGUGCUUUUUUUGUUAUAUUUGAUGGAAGUUCUCUUUAAAAUACAGACAAAUCAAUAAAUCGCCCAUAAUUUA